AUGAAGAAAUGGCAUCCCCAAAGCCGGCGCUUGUUCGGCGCCAAGCUACGGCCUAGAUCUAUGAUUAUCAUCGUCUUUGCGAUGCUGGCCGCUUACUACUUGUUGUUUUUGCCCACUACAACUAUCCCAGUUCCUUCCAACUCCCCGGGCACCGUUCAAGAACCACCGCCGCCCGUCGUCGAACAAGGCGGCAACUCCCAGCCGCAGGGAGAAGGCGAAGUCGAGGAUCAAUAUGGAUCCAUUCACAGGCAACUUUGGGAACUUACAGCUGAGGAUCUCAAGGACUGGCGGGACCCCACCGAUGGCGAGGACCCCAGAGAUAUUGAACCUGGGUUUGAGACUGAUGGAAAAGAAAGAGGCUUUGGAGAUCUUGGCAAGCUCCAACACGAGAAGGACAUGAGAAAAGAAUGGCGACAUGCCUACUCUGUUACAUCCAACUUCCCUAGCUCCAACCAUAUUUACGGAAAGACUCUGGCCAAUCUGGAGAACCAUGAAGCUCGACCUGAGGAAUUCAGCACCGAUCUCAAAUUCGACCCCGACGCCGACGUAGAGUACAGCUCUGAAAAGCCUGUUCGGUACAACCCUUACCCCAGUUACAACAGUGAAGCCUGGAAGAAGGCUGGGCACGCUCAGUACUUCCCAUGCAAGGGUGCCACUGGAGAACCUGUUGAGGACCUGCUUGUCUUCAAGGGUCGACCUCGCGAAUGGCCGUUGCCCCGCUUCGGCAGCUAUGAUGCUUUAAACAUGGACCCUAACCUUUGCUGGGAGAGAGAGACUCGACUUGGUCCCUACGGAUUACAUCGUCAGUUUAAGAAGGUUGGCGGUGAACCACAACCCCUCAAUUUUGAUAGCGUCAACUGGGGUGAUCUUCAACGAAUGUGUGUCAACAAAAAUGCCCAGCGUUUUGAAAUGAACCGAGAGCGGGUCAACGAGUAUCUCAAUAAUUAUCCCGAGACUGUCAUCGGGCCUCACGGGCCUGAACAUUCUGAGGAACCUGCUCAGGAGAAAAUGUCGAAACGAGACAUCCCAGCAGAGCCGGAAAGUAUGGACCAGGCUGCCCCGAACAACGUUGAGGCUCUACCUCCCGUAGCCAGUCCACAACCGAAGCAACCUGCUGAACACACGAAGCAUCCCAGAGCCCCUACAAAGGGCCAUGUUUCUGAGCCUCGAACUGCUAUUCUCCUUCGGUCAUACACUGGAAAGGACUACACCGAGAACGACAAGCAAACGAUUCGGGCGCUGGUCUCUGAGUUAUCUCUUAAAACCGGAGGCCAGUAUGAAGUCUUCUUGCUGGUCCAGGUCAAAGACAACAACUUGCGUAUUUUUGAAAACGAGAAUGUUUACCAAACGGUUCUUUCGCAGAGUGUGCCACCCGAGUUUCGCAGCAUGACAAUUCUCUGGAAUGACGACAUAGUCUGGCAGCUUUACCCGAAGCUGACCGAUCCUGAAUCAAAGAACGUCCACACUGCUCAAUGGCUUUCCGUCCAAAAGUUCAGCCAAGAGUUCCCCCAGUUCGAUUUCAUCUGGAACUGGGAGAUGGAUUUCCGCUUUACUGGUCACCACUACCACCUCUUGGAUAAGCUUGGUGAAUUUGCGAAGAAACAGCCUCGAAAGGGCAUGUGGGAACGAAAUGAGAGAUGGUAUAUCCCUACCUAUCAUGGCAACUAUGACGAGGAGUUCCGUCGGGACAUCGAGAAAAGAUAUGGUGAUAAUACCAUCUGGGGUGCUCCCGAGUUCCCCUUCAUUAAUCCUAUCGGACCCAAGCCUCCUGUCGCAAGUCCCAGUCAAGAUAACUAUGAAUGGGGAGUUGGUGAAGAUGCUGAUGUUAUCACCGUGUCGCCCAUGUUCAAUCCUAUCAACAGCAAUUGGGUUAUCGCCAACCAGGUUUGGGGCUACAACGAUUCAACCCAUAAGUCUCAGGAUAUUCCCCGACGUACCACCAUCGUCACACAGUCUCGUGUAUCAAAGAGGCUACUAAACAUCAUGCAUGUUGAGAAUGUCCGUGGCAAUCAUGUUGCUUCAGAAAUGACACCGCAAACAGUGGCCCUUCUGCAUGGCCUCAAGGCAGUAUAUGCUCCUCAUCCUGUUUUCAUGGACCGUGACUGGGAUGGAAAAUUCCUGAACAAAUGGUUCAACCCUGGCGAGAACGGUGAAUGUGGUGGCCGCGGUAGCCCCAUGGGCUGGGGCCGAGAGCGCAGAUACAUUGGGUCAACCUGGUACUACCGGGCAAUACCCCCCAACCGACUUUACAACAACUGGAUGGGCUGGCAAGACACAGGCAUUGGUGGCCCUAAGUGGGAAGAGAAGCAUGGACGUCCAUGCUUGCCUCCUGUUAUGCUACACCAAGUCAAGAACACUGAGCCAACCAAGAAUGGCCACGAAACCACCUUCGACUUGGCCUACGGUUAA